AGGAUUACCUAUUUCACAUGUUUUCUGUUCUUUUUCUCCUUCCACACGGAACCUUUUUCAAAAUGAAAAUUUUUUUAUUCCUUUUUCUAAUAGUCCCCACAGUCAAAGCAUCUGUAAUUUGUUACGAGUGCCAUGCAAACUCGACGGAGCAGGGGAAAUACUGCUCAAUUGACAAGUUGUGCGCGGGAACUUCUUGCUUUUUUCAACUAAACUCUGACAACAGUUGGUCUGCUGGAUGCUCUUCCACACUUUCCUCCAGUGCAAACAUCUCUUGUUCAGCAGCUUCAACAUCCAGUUCCAUAAAAUCAACUUGUUCGUGCAAUUCUGAUUUUUGCAAUUCCUUGGCAAAAUCUAAAAGUGCUCUGUCAGUUGGUACAAGAGGAAAUGGAUGGUGGGGACCGAGACCCAAUACUCAACAAAACAUAACCGUCAACCUAACUCUCCCAGAUCGCAAUCUUGUUCACUGUGAGGAAUGUGGAAGUGUCACAGUUGGGAAUACAACUAUUCAAAUCCCAUGUGAUCAUGAUCAUACUUGUCAGGGAAAUUAUUGUGUUUCAGUACGUGGACAAACUCCAUAUUCAUAUUGCGGUGGUGUAUGGGAUAGGGACACUGGGUCUGCCUGUAAAUCAAAUGGCCUGGAGCCAGAAGUAUGCACGUGCUCCAUGAAUAUGUGCAAUGUGCUCCUGGAUCCUGCUCCACUGAUGACAACACCGGUUAUGAAUGACCCUACUCUCCUAACUCUCGCCACAAUUGCUCUGGGAGAUGAAACAGCUGUUACGCCAGCAAUAAUCAUUCCAGAACCACAACCAACAGUUGGAACACCUGUAACAACUGUUAAGCCGACUACCAAAAGAAAGUGCAAAAAUGCAAAAUUGUCGCCAAAUGACCAGGCAGUGUUCAUGGGAGAAAAGCUGAAGAAUCUGAUUUUGGGAGGAUUUGGUUCAGAGGAUGGAGCAGUCCAGAACUUCGAAGACGAUAUCAAUGAUCAUAUCUGCAACUAUUCAGAGGAUGAGUGAUCCCUUUUGGACGUAUUCAAACCAUUUUCUCCCAAAUUCCAAUAUACCCCCUCUUGUCAGUUCAUAUUAUCAUUUAUCACUAAUAAAUAUUAAUUGUUUCCCCCGUCUUCCGCCUGUUCAGCUUCUUCCCCCCCAGAUACCCCAAAAGCUUGAUACGUAUUCUUCUAUUCAUUUUUGGGUCAUAUAUAUGCCCGAAUUCUUCUUAUCCAAAAAGAGAGAUGAAUUGGCAAUUCAAAGUGAUAUGAAUGAAGACAUUCCAUU